AUGGCUUCAAAGAACAUAACGACGAUCAUGGCUCUCUACCUCACGUUCAACCUCGUCCUCUUGGGCUUCACCUCGGCCCAACCUCCAGUAGCUCAGCCGGAUGAGUGUCCUAUCGACUUACUCAGACUCGACGUUUGCGCCGACUUACUUGUCAGUAUCCGCAUUAUCCUCCCUUCCCGAGAAGUGACCGAAUGUUGUACUCUCCUAGCUCAGGUUGGUGGUCCUGCUGCGGCUGUAUGUGCCUGCGAAGCCGCUAGUAUUAGAAUUCUCAACAUAAUUACUGUCCCAGUCUUGAAUCUUAGGGUUAAUCGGCUCCUCAGUCUCUGUCCUGGUGUACCCUUACCACCUGGUGGUGUUAGCUGCAACUAA